GCGCGGCUCGCGCGCACUUGUGACUCUCCGCCGCUCCCGUCGGUUCGCUGGUGCUGCCGCUGCUCCCUCGGCCGUAGCAUUUUAGGACCUUGCCCCCGUCGGGAACCUCGACCCUCUAUUCCUAUGCGCCAGUCGUGAUCUAGACGGGCACCUUGUCCCAAAGCGCAUUUUGUUUUCCGCAUUGACGGAUUUCCGUCCGGUAAUCUGGCGAACGAGUUGAAUUUCUAAAUUUAUUUUUGCACUAAAGAAUGGCGUCGUCAGCACUGAAAAAAUCGGGCCGCGCUGUUGCCGCUCUGCUCCGAACGCAGCAGCGCGCGGUUCUACCUGCGACUUCUGCAUGCGGCUUCAAGACCAGCUCGCCAGUCAUGACAGGCGAAGAAAGUCGUCUUGAGAAAACUGCGGGGAAGCCCACGAUGUUCCACUACUUGGACCUGCCUAUGCCCUCGGACAAGUCCUUGUGCACUUACAUCUGGAUUGAUGGUACCGGAGAGCUACUACGUUCGAAGACACGAACCGUCAACUUUGUGCCAAAAAGUGCUGAAGAGCUGCCUAUGUGGAAUUACGAUGGCUCCAGUACUUAUCAGGCCCAGGGAUCUAACUCUGAUGUGUUUCUCAAGCCUGCUGCGGUGUUCCCGGACCCUUUCCUGAGGGGCAACAACAAACUGGUCAUGUGCGAGACGUACAGGCCCAACAACGAGCCAACAGAAACAAAUCACCGAGCCAAGUGUGCCGCUGCUAUGGAGAAGGUGAAGGACCAGGAACCUUGGUUUGGCAUCGAGCAGGAGUACACAUUCCUGGACACAACAGGCAAGCCCUUUGGUUGGCCCAAGGGUGGCUUUCCGGGGCCCCAGGGGCCGUACUACUGUGGAGUCGGCACUGGGCGUGUAAUGGGCCGUGAUGUGGUCGAGGCCCACUAUAGGGCCUGCCUCUACUCUAAUAUCAACGUCUCUGGAACCAACGCCGAGGUUAUGCCUUCCCAGUGGGAGUACCAAGUGGGUCCCUGUGUUGGCGUGAGUGCUUCUGAUGAGCUCUGGAUGUCCCGCUACAUUCUUCAUCGCGUUGCCGAGGACUUCGGCAUCGUUGUGACCUUCGACCCUAAGCCCAUGACCGGUGACUGGAACGGAGCGGGCGCGCACACCAACUUCAGCACUAAGGCCAUGCGGGCUGAGGGUGGAAUCAAGGCCAUUGAGGCGGCGAUCGCUCGCCUCGCGAAACACCACAAGCGCCAUAUUGAGGCCUACGACCCAAAGCAGGGCCGCGACAACGAGCGCCGCCUGACUGGCCAUCAUGAGACGUCGAGCAUCCACGACUUCUCAUCUGGUGUGGCCAACCGUGGCUGCAGUGUGCGGAUCCCACGAGCCGUUGCAGAGCAGAACAAGGGAUACUUCGAGGACCGCCGGCCAUCGUCUAACAUGGAUCCCUACAUGGUCACUGAAGUUCUUGUCCGUACCUGCCUCCUCGAAGAGUAGACCAUCACAGCCGAGAGUUUUCAGUCGCAUGCUAACUCGGGGCUGCCUUUGUGAGCCUUCAAAGAUAUCUAAUGUGCGGAGCAAGCUGAACUCCUUUAGGGUAAAAUAACUGUUCUAUAAUUUGCAUGUUUUGACUAUACCUGAAUCGGCUCAGUGAGAAUCUGCAUGGCAGCCAGAUAACUUUAGUUUCUCUCCCUUUGUGUGCAAAAGAUAGUUCUGCCACUUGUAUUCAUAUAAUAGUAUCCUGAGUGUGAACGUUAUUUUUAUGCAAAAGAAAAGCUAUAACUUCGUUGGAAGAUAUUUGUAGUCUUGUUUUCAGAGGAGCUUUACGAAAUGUUUUCAAGAUGUCUUCCAGUACUAUGUCCACGAAAUGUUGGCUGUGAGCAAAUUGUGAAAAGUUACACAGCCUGAACUCCAAUGAAGGUCGCCUAAGGUGUGCUGGGUUUUUGUGCCAGACAGUACUGGCUGCCACUCGGGACUCACCGGUGCUCUUUUCCGCUUGUUGAACUGGAAAACACGUGUGCAGUUCCGUAUAUUUAGUGUGCAGUUCCGUAUAGUUAUCUUAAUUUCUCGCUCUUUAUAUUUGUGUGUUCAAGCAUGUGUAAACUGUAAGGUUCCAUGUUAGUAAGGAAGGCAUCUGAAGAGAGGCCCUUGGUUGUUUUCAUUGGAUGUUUCUAGAAAGCUACUCAUUGCUGUUGAAUUGACAUGACAUCACGCCACUCGAGAUUGUGCACAAAGUAGUCAAUUCAGUUUUUCUUGAUGUGAUUGUGAAGUUCACAUUGCCAAACAGUGGGAUGGUAUAUCAUUCAUGCCCAUGGUGCAGUGUUAAAAAAAAUAUUUUCCUCAUGUUGCACAGUGAAUGUUUCCACCCUCUCAAUGCAUGUAUCUCGUGGUGGCACUCACAGAAAUUUGAAAAUGCAUGCAUCAUGGGAAACUCUUAUACACACAUAUAUGGGCAUCCUCAUGGCCACAACAUUCCACUCGUUUUGUACAGUUGCACAUGCAGCUUUCAUUUGUGAAACCUUUUUGUACAUAAGAAUCUAAGUGCCGUUGCCCUGUGGGUGUUUUUAAGUAUCCAGCGUGCUUUUAUUUGAUUGACAUUUCCGAAACUCUAUAUAUUGUUUAUUAAAAAGGAAAGCGAAACCUC